GUUCUGGGUGGGAUCUAUGCAAUGUCUUCGCGAAAGGGUCCAUAUAAAGCGUUUAGGGGCGAUCCAAAUGGAAAAAUCUCUAAGCGGUCGGCACGUAGAUUUAGAACCGGAAUUCGUCGAGCCAAACACCGACGUCUGACACAAGAAGUCCAGGACGUCUCAUCGUCAGUCAGGAUUGAGGAAUCCGGCCCACACGACAGUCAUGGGGAUGCUAUCAGAGAAGACCUGACUGGAGACCAGAGAGCGGCACAAGUCGAGUCGGAUACUGUCGGUCAUGCGUCGGCGGACCCUUCCAACGAGUUGAUGGGAGACCGGGAUGUAGCCUCUGGGGCGGAGUCAAAUAUCGAUUAUUCUGACGUUUCGGAUGCAGAUGAAUCUUCAUCCAUGUCGUACGAGGAGAAUGCGUGCUACCAUGUGGACCCCGAGGAUUCGAACGGUCAUGCAGACGCAAUCAACUCAGGAUAUAUGCCGUUCGAGGAUGAGAGGGAAUUGUCAGAAAAGUCAUAUGAAUAUUCUGAGGACUCUGAAGACGAUAUUGUUCAAACAGAAACGUCUGACCAAGAAGACGACCAGCUAAAUCAAGUUCAAGCAGAGGCAAUCGACCCACAAGACGAUCCACUCAAUCAAGCCCAAGUAGGAACAAUCCCAGGAGGAGAUCAAACUGAAGAGGAUUUAAGAUCGGAGAUGGAGUUCCUGACUUCCCAGGAACAAUUGUACCCAGGCUCUCGGAUAAGUGCCGGUAUGCAUCGUUCACUGGCUAUGGCUUACAAGAUAAAGCACAAACUGCCACAGGCGGCUGUGGAGGAUUUUGUUAAAAUAUUAGAGCUGCACUGCCCAAGCGAAAAUAAUUGUGUUUCAUCUGCAUACAAGCUUGAUAACGACUUUGAGAGUAAACUGUACAGGGAUCCCCCGCCAACAGAGUACUUUUGCUGUUCUUGCUGCCAGCGACCUUUAGAUUCUAAAGAUGACAAAUGCGUCGUUGCGGAGUGCAUACGGGUUGAUGCGAAAGUGAUGACAUUCUAUCACAUGGAUGUUCAAGCACAGUUGCAGCGGUUUUACAAAGAUGCAACUUUCCGGAGGAAUUUGAGGACAGACCUCAUAACUGAUGAUGACAAGAUUUCUGACAUAUACGACGGGCUCAAGUACAAAUCUUUGACAGAAGAAGGCGGGUUUCUGCACAACACCGGCAACCUGACCUUCACGUUCAAUACCGACGGCGUGAAAGUAUUUGCAUCUAGCAGGACGGGACAGCUGUGGCCGGCAUACCUGGCCAUAAAUGAACUGCCACCAAGUCUAAGAUAUUCCAAGAAAUACCUCCUGCUUUGCGGCUUCUGGUGUAACCCUGGAAAGCCAAUUAUGACAACGUACCUCCGCCCGUUAGUGGAGACAUUGAACAAGAUAUAUACAGACGGAGUCGUAGUAAGUGACGUAGACAACAACUCAGAGAAGACCGUUCGAGGCCUGUUGCUGUUGUGCAGCGUGGACUUGCAGGCUAAAGCCCUCCUCGCCAACACAAAGCAAUACAACGGGGAGUUUGGCUGUAACAACUGCGAGGAUAAAGGCAAGUCCGUCCGAGGCAAAGGCGGGCACCGGAUCUGGCCUUACGAAGGACCGACAACAAUGCGGACGCACAGGACAUAUAAAGAAUAUCUGGCUAUCGUCAGUGCCAGUGCCAGGGGGGGCAACGAACUAGUACCUCAUAAAGGCAUUAAGGGGGCCAGCGUCUUCUGCCUCCAUCGGCCAUUUGAUCUCGGUCAAGGUUUCGUUGUCGAUUGGAUGCAUUGUGCACCGAUGGGUGUCGUGAAAGCCUUGAUCAACCUGUGGCUGGGAAAACCAAAUUCCAAGAAAGCCUUCUACAUCGGAGACAAGAUACCGGAGUUGAACAAACGGCUGCUAGGACUGAAGAUCCCUAACAACAUAUCUCAUGCACCUAGAUCCCUCAACGACAGACAUCACUGGAAAGCAAGCCAGCUACGUGCCUGGUUGCUACACUUUUCACUGCCAGUGUUGCGGGGCGUGUUGAAUGAAGAGUACUACGCGCACUACGCACUACUUGUGACCGCACUGAGUACACUAGUCAGCGAUGAGAUCACACAAGACCAGCUCCGUAAUGCGGAAACCAGACUUGAUGUGUUCUGCCAAACGUUUGAAGAGCUAUACGGUGAAGAAGCGCAGACCAUGAACGUACACCUGCUUCGACACAUGGCCUACCACGUAAAGCUGUAUGGGCCACUCUUCGGCUAUAGCUGCUUUGGAUUUGAGCACAUGAACGGCCAGAUCAAGCGAAUGGUCCACGGAACACGAUUUGUUGUUGAUCAGAUCACGUUCACAACAGCCAUGGCCGUCAAUCUCCAGCGUUUGGUCAGAGCAAUGGAUCCGGCAAGGGACUCCAGUGACGCCGUUAAGCUCGCCAAGAAGCUAGUCGGAGUUGAAAAAAGCAUGGCCUACAGAAAAAACGUCACCAAGCUAGCUCCGGGCGUGUAUGGUGUGGGAAUAGAAAAGCCCUUUGACCUGACCACCAUGGACCAGAAUAUUUCAAGCGCAAUCCAUCGGAGGACAGGAACCCCUGCGACGCAAGAAGUCCCGGGUUUCAAGAGGGUCUGCAUUGACAGUCUGACAGAGCAGAUUGUGUACUCCAGGUCGUAUGGUCGGGAGAAGGCCAGAAACAACAGAACGGUGGAGUUCUGGGAGCAGGGCCGUAUCCAAUACGGGGAGACGAUUCUGUUCUGCAGGGGCGAGGGAGAACACCUGGCCGUGUUGAAGCUUCUACAGCCAGCCGGUGGUUCUGUCAUCAAUGUUGACAACUUGACUGAUGCCAGGGUGAUACAUGCAUUCGGUCUCCAGCUGCAGAACUUCGUUAUCGAAGUUAUCGAAACAGACAAUUAUUGUGCAGUACCAAUUACUGAUCUGCGGCGAAAGUGUGUUUUCAUGGAUGUGCAAAUUGGAGAAAACAGCAGAAAACUGUACAUUGGACGGUUUCCAAAUACAAGCGAACACGACUAAUACUCCUAGUUACUGUGACCGACAACUUUUAGUCGUGUUCGCUUCUACAGACGUUCUAAGUACUAUGACUUAUGGCGCUAUACAAUUGACGGAUUUUUUAAAAUAGAAAGUACAUUACAAAUGAUGACCAGACCAUACUGUUGUAUUUUUUUAUACUGGGCCAUAAUAUGUGUACUUAUUUUUGUGAUACCCGACCGCAUUAGCCAUUAGGGAUCACCAGGUCAUACUGUUGUACUUUUUGCAAACCUGGGUGAUUUUUGUGAUACCUGUCUGUUUCCAUAACUUCGAUAACGAAGUUCUGCAGCUGAGACCUAAUGCAUGUUUCACCAUGGCAUCAGUUGUGUUUUUUUUAAUUCUGGGCAUGGGCCCUACUAUGUGUACUAUUUUUGUGAUACUGGGCCAUACUAUGAGUACUAUUAUUUUGUGAUAUUGGGCCAUACUAUGUGUACUAUUUUUUUGAUACUGGGCCAUACAAUGUGUACUAUUUUUUGUGAUACUGGGCCAUACUAUGAGUACUAUUUUUUGUGAUACUGGGCCAUACUAUGAUCUCUACUAUGUGUACUAUAUUUUUGUGAUACUGGGCCAUACUAUGAUCUCUACUAUGUGUACUAUAUUUUUGUGAUACUGGGCCAUACUAUGAUCUCUACUAUGCGUACUAUAUUUUUGUGAUACUUGGCCAUACUAUGGCUAUUUUUUGUGAUACCCGACCGCAUUAGCCAUUAGGGAUCACCAGGCCAUACUGUUGAUAGGGCCUUCACACUGAAACCGAAUCAGCAGGAAUCAAGCAGGACCAGCCGGAAUGAAGUAUUUGCAAAAUUCGUGACACAUUCGAGGUCAUUCGGGUGAGAAUUCCAAAUGGACCUUAUAUCCCCUUAACACAAGGAUUGAGCCAAAAUGCCGUCAGAAUGAAAAUUCUUUUCUAUUCCUGAGAAUUCGUAGUGUAUUCUAAACAUUCUUACUGCAUUCCAGAUAUUAUUUUGGCCACAUUCGGACAGGAUUCGAAGAAGCUUGCCAUUUCGGUUCUCCAUCGAAUUAGAUAAGAAUGUUUCGAUUAAUGUUGGAAUGCCGUAGAAUGCGGUCAGACUGCACUUGAAUCCACUUAGUCUACUAAUUAGCGGGAUAGAUCUGCCUCGCCGGCGGCAAAGAAGAAAUGACAAUGUACGCCAAAAAUAGUUACUCAAGCAACUGGAUAUGGUUUUGAAACGGUCAGACGUUUCGGAUAGAAUCCACU